GGUAGCUUAAGUUAGUGAGCAAAUACUAGUGAGCUUUGGGAACCUUUGGACUUACAAACAGAACGGGAGUUGUUCUCGGCCUGUUGGAGAGUUGUCUUUGGCUGUUGGAUCCACAGAUAUGCACAGUAAAAGUUGGAAAAAUAGCAAACUUUCACAUCAGAGAGAGGUGAUGGGAUUACAAUGGUUUUAGGAGGAACCCGUCAUUUGGAGUGAUUCCAUGGCGCUGGGGCACGGCUCAAAGAAGUCAGUUUCAUGUGACCAGGAGGUCCCACCUGCUUCUCUGAACAAUGGGCAGGGAAGAUCAACAGCUCCAUCAACAAGGAACUCAAGAUCCCACAAAUCUCUGCUAGUGGUCCUGAUCCUCCUGAUUGUGUUGAUCAUUGCUGCCGGAGCUACGCUAGCCUGGUACUUCCUGGAGUACAGGGUCUGGACAUUAGAACCUUGUGUGGAGCAGCAGUACACAGGCUAUCUAACCAUCCUAAACAAGAAUUUUUCUACUGAAUUGUCCUCUCACAGCAGUCCUGUGUUUAAAAGAGAAGCCAAGGGAAUCCAAAACACGGUCAAGAAUAUAAUGAAGGCUUCAUGUCUGUCACGAUACUUUAACUACACCACUGUUUUUGCUUUUGGCCAGGGCAGUCUGGUGGCUCAUUUCUGGAUAGUUCUGUCCGUACCCAGGAGCCAUGAUGGUGGAGUCACAGUGGAGAAGGUGACAAGGACCCUGGAGGAGGGCCUGAGAGAGCGAUCAGUAACGGAAGACACAAGCAGCAUUGAUGGCUUUCUGUUCCACCUUCCCACGCUGUCUGUCAGUGAAACUGAUCCCAAAGUCAUAGCUCUUUUAAAGGCUUCCUUUGACUGCUACCGCUAUAAAAUGGUGGUUCCCAGCAGACUUGUGGCUCUCCGUGGUCCUGACACACAGCGCUCCUUCUGCCUGUGGCACCUCCAGGCUGCCCGUGGCUUCCAGCUAGAACUCCACAUGGAGUGGCUGCUGCCAGAGUGCAGUGACAGGCUGCUAGUGUACAACUCCCUCACCCCAUCCGAUAAUCAUCUCAUCACGUCGGUAUAUGGCUGCAGCAGACAUGAGCAUGUGGUGCGUGUUCUGUCAUCGGGCGAGUGGAUGACAGUGAUUUGGAAACAGGGUCUUUACAACUACAGAGACCCUUUUUCUUUGUCUGCACAAGCCUGGGCCCAGCAGGGCUGUGACUUUGACAUUGAACUGAAGGAGGUGUCAGGGGUGCAGGGAGCACUGACAACGCCUUUUUUCCCCAGCUACUAUCCUCCAAACACCAACUGUACCUGGAGAUUUUCAAUGCCUGGUGCAGGUUUGGGUUUGGCUUUAGAUUUUGAGGGCUAUGAACUGAGUAGAGCCAGCUACAAUCAAGUCUGUACCCAGGGACAGUGGAUUAUCCAGAAUCGCAGACUAUGUGGUACGAGGGGCCUUCAGGCCUACUGCGAACGCCUCAUCCUGCUCUCUACAACAACAACUGUUAUCAUGACAUCUGAGGUGUCACUCACAGGACCAGGGCUUCAGAUACGCUACAGCGCCUUCAACAUGACGGACCCUUGUCCAGGUCGGUUCCUGUGCUCUGUGAACGGCCUCUGUGUCCCUGUGUGUGAUGGAAUCAAAGACUGUCCCAACGGACUGGAUGAGAGGAACUGCGUGUGUGUGGCUCAAUUUAUAUGCCCAGAGGACAGUCAGUGUGUGGACUACUAUAAAGUAUGUGACCAACAUCCAGACUGCCCUGAAGCCACAGACGAGAUGAACUGCACUGAAGGUGUGCAGUGUACGGAUAUGACCUAUGUGUGUGCUGAUGGAACAUGUCUGAAAAAGCCAAACCCCAUGUGCGACUCUGUCACUGACUGCCCUGAUGGUUCAGAUGAGAAGCAGUGUGACUGUGGACUAAGACAGUUUUCCAGCCGUAUUAUUGGUGGAAAAGACGCCUCAGAGGGGGAGUGGCCAUGGCAGGCCAGCCUGCAGGUGCGAGGCACCCACAUUUGUGGGGGUGCAUUGAUCUCCAGUCAGUGGGUGGUGUCUGCUGCCCACUGUUUCUAUGAUGACCGCCUCUACUCCCCCACCAUGUGGACGGUCUACCUGGGUAAACUGUUCUUGAACCGUAGCAGCCCCACAGAGGAAGUGGCUCGAGUGCAACACAUUCAUCUUCACCAGUAUUAUGACGAUGAGUCCCAGGACUAUGACCUGGCCCUGCUUAAGCUUGACAGACCAGCAUCUGCGCUUCUUGCUGAACACGCUCGACCUGCAUGCCUGCCGCCUCCCACCCACCAGCUGGAACCAGACCUGCUCUGCUGGGUCACCGGCUGGGGGGCGCUCAGAGAGGGAGGUGGAGCCAGUAAUGUUCUUCAGAAGGUGGACGUUCGACUUGUCAGUGAGGAAGACUGUGUUCGCUCUUAUGGCCAUCUGAUUUCUCCCAGAAUGCUUUGCGCUGGUUAUCGCAACGGAAAAAAGGAUUCGUGUCAGGGAGACUCUGGCGGACCCUUGGUUUGUCAGGAGGCCUCAGGUCGCUGGUUUUUGGCUGGUGUGGUGAGCUGGGGAAGAGGCUGCGGGCGUCCAGACAACUAUGGUGUCUACACUCGCAUCACAAGACUCACUGAUUGGAUCAAAGAGAUCAUCUCCUGAGAAUAAUUUAGAAAAUUAAAUUAGUUGAAGUUUGCGGUUGACUUCUGUCUAUCUGACACAUUGAUAGAACAAUUGUCAAAAAGUGAAACUCAUUCUUAUUUAAGUGAAAUCCUUCACAACUAAAGUCAAAUUUAUUGCAGAUGGAUCUACAGUUAAUCAAAAUGUCUUGUAGACUUGUUAAAGUAGUGCAGCUUCUAAACGUAAAUACAAAGUCAAAGAUAUAUAUCAGCCAAUUCAAAAAAUGUGACUCUACUUUUAAUCCCUUUAAUUCAAUUAGUGUUUGGAAAAACUAAACUUUGUCCUGUCAGGAACUGGUGGUGUAGGACCCAAAAUGCAGAAGACCAGGCAUGGUGACAGAAACGUAAAACAUUUAAUAAAUAAAUUAAAACAACCUGAAGUGGUGUGACAGACAACUUAAAACGUGACCAAAAAAAUCAUUAAAACCAAACUAAACAACAGAACCAUUACAUGUUCAUUCAUCCAUGCAUCAGCAGCUCAGAGUAUGCUUCCAGUUUUCCUGAAUUACCUUUUUUUUUUGUUAAUUAGUUAAGCAACUUUUUUAAUCGGCCAACAUAGUUAUGGUCUAUUAGGCGUAAGGACAUUUUUAAGGUUGAAUUGUUUUCCCAAAGAAGAUCCAUCAAAUACAUGUAUCUGUACAAGCAGUCGAAUUUCGUGCUGUGUACUGGACACCUGUGUUUCAUUAUACCUCCAUUUUAUAUUUUCA